GUGAGAGCCGCCUUCGUGAGAGCCGCCUUCGCUGUCCGUGCCCGGAUUUAAACUCUCGGUGAUUUGGACUCUGAGAAGAUGAAAGCCCUCGCGCUCCUCGUCGUCGUCCUCGCCUUCCUCCUUCCCUCGACAUCGGGGCUGAAAUGCUACGACUGCAGCGGAUCCUCGUGCAACAGAGAGGCGAUCGAACAGCAGGUGCAGAACUGCGAGAGCCUUACGGCCCCUCAGGGAAAGAGAUUCUUCUGCGGCACGGGGUACAGUGACAAUACGAAAGACAAAGUCGUGAGGAGGAUGUGCGUCCCAUAUACCACCGGAACAGAUGAUAGAUGCUUCUCGACCGAUAUCAUCCCAGGUGCAAAUUUUUCCUGCCUCUGCCAACAGGACUUCUGCAACAGUCCGGUGAAGGACCAAUGCGUCUGCGAGGGGGGGGCCUCGAUCGCGGGGGUCGCCUUUGUCCUUAUCGCCUCCGGCAUCUUCGCCGCGAUCGUCGCGAAUUGACGGUCGCCUCUGUGCAGCUGCGGGGUUUUGAGACCGGAAAUUACGCUGACAUGGAUGCAGCAUCUCUUCUACUUUUUUUCCUGCGUAAUUUUAUUUCAGUCCUUACUGGCGUAGUAGGUGCCGUCAAACGAAAUGAAGUGAUCGUCUCCAUCCCCCGUCUGAAAGUGCAUUUCUUACUAAUCAUCAGGAAUGGGAAAACCUUCCACGUAUCUUAAUAAAUGCAGUGUCAGCCUGGAAACCCUGG